AUGUCGUGCACUAGCUGCUGGUCAAAAUCUCUAACCCACGAUGACAUAUCCGGCAACCUGAUUUGCGCAUCGUGCGGUACGGUCCAAUCAUUCGACAAUUUUGACCCCCAAACCUACGGUCGCGAUGGCCCUAUCGGAACUUACAUCCACGUCGGUUCUGCAGGUACCGGCUCCGUCCUAAACUAUAAAGAUAAAAAAGUUUACGAAUCUAAGAAAUUAAUCGAUGAAUAUACUUAUAAAUUAAAUUUGACCGGUCAAAGAUCCGUGGAUGUCAAAAACAUGAUUAAUAAAAUCACUGAGGGUGAAUUUGGGUUAGGGGAGUGGUUUCCGAUUUUAAUCGGUGCGUGUGGUUAUAUUGUUAUGAGAAUGGAGAAUAAAUCUUUACCUCUGGGUGAGGUUGCGUCUGUUUUGAAUUGUGAUGUGCAUGAAUUAGGAAGAAUGGUUACGCGUGUGGUUGAGUUUUUGAAUUUGAAGUUGCCUGAAUUUGAUAUUGUGAUUAUGUUUGAGAAAGUGUUUAGUAACUCGAAAUUGUCAAAAUUGGUUGAAUUGGAGAGGGAUAAGUUGGAGCAGAUGAGACAACAAGGAGUGUUUUUGUUGAAUUGUGCAGUGAAGUGGUUUUUGACGACUGGGAGGAGACCAAUGCCAUUGGUGGCAGCUGUUUUGGUGUUUGUUGCAGAGUUGAAUGGGGUUGGAUUGAGGAUUGAGGAUGUUGCCAAGGAGGUACAUUGUGUGCUUGGAACAUGUAGAAAGAGAUACUCAGAGUUGUUGGAAGCGCUUGUGAAGGUGGCUCAAGCGUUGCCAUGGGGAAAGGAUGUGAAUGUAAAGAACAUAGUGAAGAAUGCACCUUUUGUAAUGCGUUAUAUGGAGUUGAAGUCCCGGGAGAAGAAAAAAGAAGACAGGGAAGGGCUAAAGUGUGGUGCGGUUGAUUUUGAUGAUGUGGUUAGGGAGUGUUUGGAAAAAGAUUUUGAGUAUGGGAUUGAUGAGGAUAAGGUGGAAAGUGAUGCUCAGUAUUUUGAUAUGGAUGAUAGAAGUGGGUUGACUAGAAGAGGGAUUGGAAAUGGUGAUAAGUUUGAGCUUUCUCAUGAAUGCUUGGGAAUGAUUUAUGCUAAGUUUUCAAAUGAGAUUGAUGGUCGGAGGUUAUUAGGAGAGAGUGAAGAGUUACAUGGAAGGAAGAGAAGGAGAGGGUUUGAGCGUAGUGCUUGUAGGAAAUGGUGGAAUGGAAAAUCAGAAAUGAGCCAGAAACUUAUGCUUAAGAAAAUUUUGGAGAAAGAUGUAGGGCUGGAUGUUAUGCCUCCGUCAUUUGUUAAUGGCUGCAUGGCAAAUGAGAAGAGGAGAGCAAAGAUAAAUUCUGCGAAGGUAAGGAUUAAUAAGAUUAUGGAUCCAUCCAGAGCUGAAUCAGCUGAUACAUGUGACAAUGACAAUGUUGCCCCUUCGGAAUGUGUACUUAGUGGGAAGAGAAAAAAGAGAAAACGAAUUGGGGAAAUUGAUUGGGAAGACUUUAUUAUUGAGAUGCUCCUCCUCCAUCAGGUGAAAGAGGAGGAUAUUGAGACAGGACAUUACAAUACCCUGUUGGCCUUGCAUGUUCAACUGUGAGGAUAUGUGAAGGGUUCACCAAUGAGAGCAUCCAAAAA